AUGCGCGUGUUUGAUUUUGUAGAUAAGGAGACCGUCGACGCACUCCAAGGGCUCUGUCCUUUAUGGUCAGCAAAGGACGCCAAAAAAACUGAAGACAUGAUGGAAGAGGACACAAUCUUGGGACGAUUGUCCGAGCAAAGCGAGAGAGCCGUGGUGGUUGAUCAUCUCCUGCGUCAACCGCGAAUUCUAUCGUUCCGGACGUUCCGAACCGAUUGCCACCUACUUGAGAUCUGCGCGCGCAACUUGAUGAAGGCCCUGUUUCUUACCAAGACGAGAACCUUUUGUCUCAAGGAUGCGCUUGAAGAAAUCUACGUCGGGGAUUGCUUCGAACGGAGCUAUCUUGAUAUGUGGCUCUCGGCGAUCCGAUGUCUACCACGACCGCAUUGCCUUAAUGCGGUGUGGAAGGACUUCUUGUUGUACUUACGCUUGCAGGCUCAUGCCUUCGGCUUUCGACGGCGGGCUGUGGGCCAGAGUCCAGCAGAAUACUCAUCCACCGAGCUGAACGAGAAAGGACAGGCUACGGAACUUUCGACCGACAGAAAUGCAGCAUCAAAAGAUGAGCGCAGGCCUUUGACAAGUGUCGAAACCUUCUAUCAGAACCAGAAAUUCUUUACAACUGGCUCUUUAGCUCGAAGCAUGCACUGUGACAGGGCCAAUAUCGUCAGGAAGAAAUUCGCCACGCCUUUGGCAGUCCUGUACGACCUCGUGGACUGUUUUGGCCUGGUGCCAGGCGUUGUUUCUCGCUGGAAUACUGAGACACCAAGACAACACAUUGCUCCCGAACAUGUGACUGAGCCUACGCAAAUCCACCCUCAACCAAAGUUAGACGGAGUGCGAGAAGCUCUUGCACCAUCGUUUUGUUACAUCAGGUCCAGCUACACGCCAUCCUCACCAAGUAGAGAGAUGGCAUACCACGAUACUGAUGCAUUUCAUGAUGGUUGA